AUGGCACUGGGCAAAUAUGGGGUGAAACACAAGGCAGCAACCCCAUAUGAUCCCCAAACAAGUGGCCAAGUCAAAGUGUCAAAUAGGGAAAUCAAAAGCAUCCUGGCAAAGACGGUAAAUGCCAACAUAACAGAUUGGUCUAGGAAACUCGAUGAUGCACUAUGGAAAUAUCAGACCGCUUACAAAACACCUAUCGAUAUGUCUCCAUAUCAGUUGGUUUAUGGUAAAGCUUGUCAUUUUCCCGUCGAGUUAGAACACAGAGCGUUGUGGGCAUUGAAAGCGUUAAAUUUGGACUGGUCAAAAACUUCUAAGGGAGAGGGUAGAACAAUUGAACGAACUGGAUGA